GAUUUCAUUUAAUUCUGAAUUAUGCAACUGUUUCAUUAAUUUAAUUCAAGUUCAAAUAAUAGUGUUAUCGCAUGAGAUGGCGGAUUUCCCUAAAUUAAUUAACCAGCUUUCUCAAGUCAAGCUAAUCCUUCAUUUGUUUGCUAAAUUAAUCAUAUCUCUAUGUAAUUUUAAACAAACUAAUGAGCAUUAAAUUCUAUGGAAAUCUCUAGCUUAAGAAGGGGAGCUACUAACUCUCUUCUCUUCCUCCACUACCACAUGUGAGCUAAUUACCUCUCGGUUUCAUAGUCUAACACGCGGUUUAUAUUAUUAUUGGUCUAAUUUACACAAUUCUUUCUCAAGUUCAUGCAUAAAUCACUAAAUCAAUUGAAAGGUGAUCAAGCUCUCAAUGCAUUAAGUUCAAUAAUAUAAACUAAUCAUGCAAAUAACCAAUAAAUCUUGAAUUAAACUAACAAAAACAGUCACAUACUUCAAAAAUUAAAAUCCACCCAUCCCUAGUUCAAAGAAAUCUAGUCACACAUGUUUAUGUUCUCAACAGCCAUGAAAAAUAAAUCCUAGCAGAAAAUCAUAGUAGAAGAAUCAAAAACAACAAAACCCAAACAAUGGAGAAUUGUAGUUUGCCGAAUGGUGUGCUGUUGUCUGGAAGCAAGGCUGGUGGAGAAGAAGCAAGACUGGGCGGACCAGUAGGUAAUGAUAAGGAAGUGUUAGAUACUAAAGAUGAGGGUGACAAUAGUAGUAGUGAUGUUUCUGUGCAUAGGGAUGAGGGUAAUUUAGGAAGUGAAAAAGGUAGUGAUCUCGAUAGUGGUAGUGAUGAUGUGUCAGUUAUUGACUGGGAGACAAGUUCAAAUGAUAGUACUUGGUCAUUGGGGAGUGACAACAUUGAUGAUGAGCAAGUCAAUAUUGCUAAGUUGACUCAAGAGCAACAGCAACCUAUAGUCACAGAUGAUCAAGCUACUGUCCAAAAAGUUACUGUGACAGAUGCUGCUAGUAUAGAAGAAACUACAAGGAAAACAUGCAGUAAAGGUAGAAAAAAGAAAUCUAUUGCUCAGCAUAAAAUGAGACAAGGUGGUGGAAAUAGGGUGGGAAGAGGUGAUCCAGUGAUGACAGUGGCUCCUCUACAAAUGAAGAAGACAAGGAGUCUGAUUAUGCAGACAAUGAUGAUCCUGGUCCCAUAUUUUGAUAUUGGGAUGAGGUUCAAAGAUGCAAAGCAAUUUAGAAUGGCAGUUUGUAAAUACUCCAUACAAAAGCAAGCUCAACUGCAAAAGCUCAGGAAUGAGAGUACUAGGGUGAGGUUUAGGUGCCAAACAAGGUGCAAAUGGGAGUUGUUUGCCUCUUAUGACCCAAAAUAUGAGUGCUUUGUGGUGAAGACAUACUAUAGGGAGCAUAGAUGCUUCAAAUCUUAUGACAAUGAGCUUGUAACUUACAAGGCAGAAAAGGCAAAGAAGCAUGUUAUGACACAACUGGAGGGUAGCUAUGUUGAUGAAUACAAAUACUUGAAGAGUUACACCAAAAUAUUGAAGGAGAACCAUCUAGAGAAUACCGUUGUUGUCAUUGCCACUGAAACAAGUUCUAGUGAAACUAGAACUUUCCAUAGAAUAUAUGUUUGUCUGCAUUCCCUAGAACAAGGUUGGAAGGAUGGGUGCAGAAAGUUCUUUCGUGUUGAUGGCUGUUUCUUGAAGGGAAUAUACAAGGGAAUUAUGCUAUCUAUAGUUGGGAGGGAUGGGAACAACCAAAUGUUUCCAAUUGCCUGGGCAAAGUUGGGUCAUAGAGGUGAUGAGAUGAAGAUCUACUUCUGGAAUUGUGCAAAGGCAACAUUUGGGGAUGAUUUCAUUGAUAGGUUAGGUGAUUUGGUUGCAAAGAAUAGGCAAGGACAUGAUGACUUGUUAAGGGUAGCUGAUAAAAGGCUAUUUGCAGAAAAAUGGCCUGAAGGUCAUGACAUUGCUCCUAAAAUCAGAAAAAAGGUUGAGGAACUGAAGGCAGAGUCACAAAGAUGUAGUGUGCAGCCAAAUGGGGUUAAUCAGUUUGAGGUCAAUGAUGGUGGGGAUCAACAUGUUGUCAAAUUUAAUGAUAAAACUUGCACAUGUAGAUAUUGGCAACUCUCAGGGGUUCUUUGCCCUCAUGCUUUGGCUUGCAUAAGGAAAGGGACAAAAGCAAGGAAGACUGUGGGUGAAGAAGAGUUGUUACCACCACCUGUUAAGAGCAUGCCAAGGAAGCUGAGGAAAAACAGAAGAAGACAUAAAGGUGAACCACAAAAGAUCAGGAAAGGGAAGCUUAGGAAGCUUACUAGAAGAGGGAGAAAAAUGACAUGCAAGGGUGAAAACAAGAGAAAGAAACAGGGAGGUGAAGUCGCCUCAACCUCAGGUAGUAAGAAAAAGAAGGCGAGGGUCCCUACAACCAAGGUCCCUACAGCCACAAGGAGCUUUACUGGUGUUGAUGCUGCUGCUAGUAGUGUGCCUGCAAGACCUACCACAAGAAGGCAAUGAAAAGGCCUAAAUAUUGCUUUUUAAAUGGAAAUGCUUUUGUUAAUUUUUGUCUUUUUUGAACAGUGGUGAUUUAGGGUUUUGGUUUAUUCAAAUUGUGACCAAAAAGGUUAAACCAAUGCUAUGUCCUUAUUUAUAUAGCUUAUAUCAGUGAAUGACCAAAAACAGCAAUAUAUAUGAUCAUAUGGAUUCUACAUUCUGUAUAUUUUGUAACAGUAAAUUGCAAAAACAACA